UGGCAAAACAGUAAUUUUAUUGUAUUCUUUUUUUUUUGGCAUAUACUAGGAUCAAAAACUGACGAAAAAAACACAGGCACGAUGAUGUGUGGAGCAGACGACAGCUCGGCGCCGCCGUAACCGCUGCCGGUAGGCGCAGUUCCGCCGGACUGCCGAGGCACCGGAUUGGCUGGGACGUCAGAAGAAGGAGGGGCUUUAAGAAGAAAUCGAUUGUAGAGAGAGAGUGGUUCUUGAAGGGAUAAGGAAAGGUGGACGCUGUUUUCUGCAGCCCUUGCGGGAGCACGGCUCAGCGUGAUUGCCAUACUAGUACACUCUACCGUGAUGUCAGCGACAAACCACCCCAUAUUCUUUUUUUGCUGGCACCGUCGUGGUUGGCACAUGGAGCUUUUGAUUUGAAAAGUCAAGCCAAGCCAGUCCAUGCCAAGUGCGGCUUUAAAAAACACUGCAGCGGACAGCCGGUAAGUCCCUCUCAUGUUUUUCAGGGUAGCAGAAAGUGGAACGUAAAUCUGUACGGGGAAGAAAUAGAUGCAUAAGCGCAUGUUUUUAAUUAGCGAACAGUGUAGACAGAAUCUUCAUCAAUUACAUAGUGAAUGAGGAGACGGCUUCGCGCGACUUUGCCAUGGAGCUCUUUGUGUCGGAUGGAACGGGUGCUGGAACUCACGGCGUCGCUUCGCCUGUAGAAUAAAAUCACCAAAGCUGCUCUCCAAAGGUUUCAGAAAGAUUUGAUGACAGCGCCAGCAAGCCCUCAUCCAGCACGCUCUCUCUCUGCAAAGGUGAUUGCUAAUUGGAAGACUUGAAGAGCUGCUUACACGUACCUGAGACGGGCUGCGCAAGGCAAUAUGAUAAACCGGGUACUCCAUCGUUAAGCUUCAUCAUAAUAACGCUGGAGCCGGUUGGAACCGCUCCCCUACAGUGAUAAGCUUUAAACAAACCGCCCACUCUGUUGGCUCCUUCACGAUCGUGACAAAAAGGGUGUCGAAAUGCUUUAAAGCUCUUCUUCCUGAAGUGUUGUGCCGUUGAGAAAAUGACCAAGGCAAUGAAAAGCGGGGCUCGGUGCCAAGACGCCAAAGUCAACGACUUCUUCGAGAAAGGGCUGGAAGAAAACGACGAGCCCGACGACCCCGCAUGCUCCAGGAGCGAAUGUUCGCACCGUGGCGCAGCGCUCGUAUAUCGAGAGUGCUCGGAUAAGGAGGCGAGAGUGCUUCGACGCAUGUUGAUUGUGGGUCCACCCGUGAGGAAGCUUUGCAUAUGGGAAAUGUCGCUGAGGGCGUUCAGGAUCGCAUUUGGCCGCCUCGAAGGGUGCUCCUCGCUCGAAGAACUUCGGGUGUUGAUGAUUGUAUGCGAAGAGGAGGAAGAAUUCAGCGUCAACCUUUCCGGAGUGUUCGGCAGACUGCGUUCAUUGCAGUUGCACAGCUUGAACAUAGGGACCGCAUUCGCGAAGGGCAUAGCAAACUACCUCCCAGAGAACACGACGCUGAGGGAAUUCACCCUAGGGUUCAGCGGUGACGACGAGGUUCCCGCCGCGCUCAUCGAAGCGCUCAUCGAAGCGCUAAUGGUAAACAACACGCUCAAGAGAUUUACCUUAGCGGAGGCGCUGGUGUCCUCAGAGAGCGGGAUCGCAUUCGCGAAGAUGUUGGCAGUUAACUCGACGUUGGAGCUGGUGGACCUUACCGACGAGUGUUCCCUGGAAGCGGAAAGUGUGUCGGCUCUGCUGGAGGAGGACCGUUAUGAGCAAGUCUUCAAGAGGCUUCGCAUAGUGUGGACGGAGCAGCUUCUGCCGCUGCUUACGAGGCUCAUCCGCAAAAAAGCGUGUUGGCCCGAGCUCUCGGUCAGGCUCAGCGCUUCGGUGGACCGGGAUGUUCUGCGCGAGUUCUUCGACGCCAUGGCCACAGACACUAGAAUUCGCGCGCUCCACUUCGACCCGAUCGAUGAGACAUUCGACGACCUCGCGGAUGGCAUCGCUUCGGUUGCAAAGCGGACGACGACUCUCAAGGAAAUCGACAAUCAUACACCCGUCAAACCGGGCAACGAGCAGCAGCUGGUCAAGGUUCUGGACGCCCUGAAAGAGAACCGUUCCGUCACCUCGUUCGUCAUGUCCGCAGACUCGGUGACGCCAGAAAUAGCGACGUCCCUGUCCGAGCUGCUGGCCGUCAACGGCACUCUGAACGUGAUUUCCGUCUGCAGGUACUUUGAAAUCACCGACGACAUCCUGGCGACUCUCCUGCGAGGCAUGAGAAAAAACUACACCGUGAUACAUCUGAAUGUUGGCCGGGUACCUGACUAUGACUCCAAGGCUGUCCUCGAAAUGGAGCAGCUCGUGGAGAGGAAUGGUCGUCUCCACGAGAAAGCGGCCGAGUUCGUGAAUGCAGGUGGCGACCGCGAGAGCGACGCCGAAGGAGCGGACGCGCUGCAGAAGGUGCGCACGAGCGCGCCCCUGGUCGGGGAGGUGCAGAGGCUCAGCGGAAAGACGAGCGACGCUGCGACGGAGCUGAUACGCGCAGCCUUGGCUCGUCUAUGUGUGUGAAGGGGGCGUCUGGUGCGAAGCACGAGUGUUUUGCCCUAUCGCGUUCCUCGCUUUCCGAUCGGGAUUGACAACUGUCGAAGGGAAAGUAAGCGCUCCCGAAAGCACUCAGGAUGUGGAUGCGGCCGAAGUUCACCAAGUUGCUGCUGGUAGUGCGAAUUGAAAACGCUGCACUGCAAGCACGCCUUGACGACUUUGAGGAGCGUUCCCGCCGUGAAAACUUAACCAUGUAUGGACUGAAGGACAAUUUUUCAGAAGGCUGGGCUCGCACACCGAAGAAGCCGUACGAGCCGUUCUUGCAGAUCAUCUAUCUGUAGAACUUCCUGCAGACGCAAUUUCACGAGCGCAUAGACUUGGCUCUUUUGUCACCGGCAGAAAUCGUCCUAUAGCUCUUAAGUUUGCUUCGUUUAAAACAAGAGAGAGUGUUUUAGCACACAUGUCUAAACUGAAAAAUACGGGAGUCGCUCUAGAAGAGAACUUUUGUAAAGCAACGAGGCAGAUACGUGAAAAGCCGAUAGAUUUCGCCAAAGCCACCACACAACCCUACAACCUAAGAUAUGAUCGAUUACAUAUAAAUAAAGAAUGCUACGUCUACUGCAAAGAAACUAGUAACGUCUGUGAAAUAGAUUCCCCUAGCGCUUCUGCAUCUGGUGGCCGCGUAUCUUCAUCAGAUCCGCAACACGUUGCUGGUUUUCCUCGGGCACAUGCCUCCGAUAAUGAUACAACUUCCAGUGUGUCACACCCUCAUAGUGCUCCGACGUGGGAAUCAGCGGCCGUUCAGGCGAAGCAGAUCGCCGACUAUUCAUUUCUUGCGAUCAGAAGUAUAUUAAAGAAGCGCGAUACCUUAUCCUGUUUAAUGGACACAUGUCUAGCGGAUGUCGUUGUUUUAAACGAGACUUGGUUGUCAAGUAAAGUGAAGAAUUGUGAACUCUUGUGAAAAGACAGACAUGACUGAAGUGACCGAUCAGGGGGCGGUGUUUUGAUUGCCGUUUCUGAAGGCAUAAAUUUUUACGUCGUCCCGAUUCAAUCAGAGCUUUAAUUUCUCUGUACAUGCGUUACCCUAAACCAUCACGAUGUCAUUGUUUGUGCAUGUUAUCGGCCUCCGCUUUCUGCCAUUACUUUGUGUGAACCCUACGAUAGUCUGUUGUGUCUCGAUACCCGAAAGCGCCAAUUUUUCUUAUGGGUGACUUCAAUUUUACAGGUAUUCAGUGGAACGAUUCCAACCCCAUUGUAGCUACUAAAUCAUUCGAGUGUAUAGCUUUCAUUGACCUCUGCUCUGCAUUUAAUCUUUCCCAGCUCGUACAAGAGCCAACUCGCGUUACUCCUUCAUGUGCAAAUGUAUUCGACCUCGUGCUCACCAACUAUCCCGAUUCUGUCUCUUCCCUAACCCUACUGGCAAGUCUAAGUGACCACCUUGCAAUCCAUUUUACUACGCCAUCGCGCUCGCGGCGCACCAUCGAAACAUUCGAAAAUAGUCCGCGAUUACGGGAGAGCAGACUUUCAAGCCAUUAAAACUGCUUUGAAAAAGUUCGUUGACGAGUUCUUUCCGCAGUUCUGGGAACGCACAGUACAAGAGAACUGGCGGUUGUUUCAAACGCAAGGCAAAGCGCUCAUCGAUAAAUACAUUCCGCUGCGAAGAAUAUCUGGCAAGAGACAUUCGCCGUGGUUCAAGCCAUGGUUCAGACGCUUACUGAACAAGAAAAAGCGCAUGUUCCGCCGGUGCGAGAAACUUGUGACUGACAGAGCAAGGUCGGCUUAUCAAUCUACCGCUGCGGAAUAUAAACGUGCUCUCAUCGGUGCUAAACACAAUUAUUUUCAUUAAACCUUUACUUCGAAUCCCCGCAAAUUUUGGAAUUUUAUCGGCAUGCGCGAAUCUGAUGAAGUUCGCUUGAAGAACGAUGGAGGAUUCUUUGUCUCAAAUAAACAGUGCUGUAUCUUAAUGACACAUUUUCAUAGUCUUUUUCACAUGUUGCACCAAUAACCGUUCCUAUUAUUUCUGCACCUGACUUCUUUCAAUUGGACCCUAUCCUUAUCGACUGGGCAGGCAUUUCUAAACUCAUUCAAGUUGCAAGACUUUCAUCAUCAGGUGCUACCGAUGUUAUUAACUACAAGUUUUUGAAAAACACCCAGACUUGUUCAACCGUUAUGCUGUCGUAUGUAUUUUCGCAGUCAUUGCAGAGUGCCACGUUGCCGUAUGACUAGAAGGUGGUUCCGGUGCAUAAAUCUGGCGAUUUCCAUAGCCCCCACAACUACAGGCCUAUCUCAUCAACAUCAGUUCCAUGCAAGCUGCUUGAACAUGUAAUAUAUUCUAACUUGAUGUUGCAUCUCGAAUCGAACAGUUUCUUCACACCUAAUCAGCAUGGUUUUCGCAAACGCCACUCCUGCGAAACUGAACUGGUUGCGUUCACCAAUGAUUUGUUUUCCAUUUUGGAUUGUUCAUCAUUUGUGGACUGCUCUUUUUUUUUAGAUUUUGCGAAAGCAUAUGAUACUGUGUCAUAUCAACUACUACUUUUUUUUUUAAUUAUGGGGUUUUACGUGCCAAAACCACUUUCUGAUUAUGAGGCACGCCGUAGUGGGGGACUCCGGAAAUUUCGACCACCUGGGGUUCCUUAAUGUGCACCUAAAUCUAAGUACACGGGUGUUUUCGCAUUUCGCCCCCAUCGAAAUGCGGCCGCCGUGGCCGGGAUUCGAUCCCGCGACCUCGUGCUCAGCAGCCUAACACCAUAGCCACUGAGCAACCACGGCGGGUCUACUACUUUUCAAGCUUAGUAAACUAAAUCUUGAUACUAAUCUGAUGAAGUGGACGUAGUGCUUUUUGCAGGGCCGUACCCAUGCGUUUCAAUUAAUGACUGUGACUCACCUGUAUGCCCCGUAUAACAUCCGGUGUUCCCCAUGGCUCCGUACUAGUUCCUCUGCUUUUUCUAAUUUAUAUUAACGACCUUACUGAUUCCAUUGACUCACAAACUAGACUACGCUGAUGACUGCGUAUUACAUAGACAAAUAUCUAAACCAUCUGAUGCAGCUACUCUUCAAUCUGAUCCGGAUAACGUCUCCACUUGGUGUCGCACCUGGUCUAUGAAACUAAAUAUAGGUUAGUGCAAAGCAAUGAGAAUAACACGGACGCCUGACCAGUCUUCAUGCACCUACUUCCUUAAUAACUCAUGUUUAACUUCAGUCUCUCAUUAUAAGUUUCUCGGCGUAUACAUUACUGCCAACCUAUCAUGGAAAACGCACGUUGCACAUUACACUAAUAAUGCUAACCACACACCCUUCGCGUAAUUUUUCCCUGGCUCUUUCGUCCCCAUUACUACUUCUAUAUAAUACUCUUGUGCGCCCGAAACUAGAGUAUGCUUCUUCCGUUGGGGUCCCCACACCAAAUGACUCAUAAAAAUCCUCAUACAAGUCUGUUCAUUUUAUAAUUUCUAAUUAUUUUCGAUCAGCCAGUGUAACGCUUGUGAAGAAAACAUUAGAUCUUCCUGACCUUUCCUUACGCCGUCGUAUAUCUCGUUUAUGCCUCUUUCACAAAAUAUAUUUCACCGAUGACACUCUAAAGCGAUCGCUUUUUAUUACGCCCACUUACUUUUCAUCCCGCAUGGACCACCGGUUCAAAGUUGGCGUGCCAAGCUGCAGGACUAAUUUUUAUUUUGAUUCGUUUGUUCCGAAGACAAGCGCGGACUGGAACCACCUUCCUGCCUCCGUCGUGCCAAUUGCAGUACCCGAAGUCUUCAAGUCUGCUGUAUAUGAUAAUCUUCAUUAACCUACCUACUACAAAUGCAUUCUUGUAUACCCAGUUGCAUUCUUGUAUUCUUGUAUGCCUCUCUGUAACGGCGAAUGACCCUGAGAGUAAAUGAAAUGAAAUAUCCUUACAAA